CAACACGGCUCGUUUUAUGGCAACGUAGCUAAACAGCAGGUAGUCACGAAUGUGUCAGGACUCCUCCUAGUAGAGCGAUAUGCAUUAAAAAUAACAAAGUUUUUGUGUUACACGUCAUUUACUCAUAAAGGACCGCCGGAGCUUAGCAUAAAAGCCGGCAAUAAUCUAUAAGUCGAGGAAGCUAACAAGCUAGCAGUGGUAACAGCACUUUGGAUUUACUGUUGUUAAAUAACUCCGCAGCUGGAUGAGCUUGCUAGGAUGAAUGGGAAAGCUAAGAAGCUAACGAUGGUCAUUGUGUUAUAGGUUGAAUUUGUGCUGUCUUUUUGGAGAUAAACUUUUAUAAAUAAUAAAUUAGGAGUUAUGAGGAUAAACAGAUAUGUAAUUUCGAGCACGGGGUCUCGUGGUUAUUUACAGCUGGAUAUCCUCGGUGUGGGAUUAGCUUAUUUUCUCCUUGGAAAGACGACGUUCGCUCCUUUCAGCUACCUCAAAGUACACGGGAGUCGGUGAUGCUGUCGGUCGAUGGACAAAUGCACCGGGUGUCCGAACUAGGACAGAGCGGCCAGACUCCGUUAUAAACAAUGAAAAACUGCGAGUAUCAACAAAUAGACCCGCAAGCACUUCCGACGCCCACCCCGACCCCUCCGCCUCAUCAUGGGAAUGACAUGGAGAAGAAGAAGGAGCCGAGAAGACCCAGGAGAAAGUGGGAAGUUUUCCCCGGAAAGAAUCGCUUCUACUGCGAUGGACGGAUCAUAGUGGCCCGACAGAGUGGGGUCCUUCCCCUUACCCUGGGUCUCAUCCUCGUCACAAGUGGUUUAUUUUUUAUAUUUGAUUGUCCGUUCCUGGUCAAACACCUGACCAGCUUCAUACCUGUUAUUGGAGGAGUCCUCUUUGUGUUUGUGCUCAUCACCCUGCUCCAGACCAGCUUCACCGACCCCGGCAUCCUGCCCAGAGCAACACCAGAUGAGGCUGCAGACAUUGAGAAACAGAUUGACAACACUGGAAACACCAGCUAUCGACCUCCGCCUCGCACCAAGGAAGUGCUAAUCAAUCAGCAGGUGGUGAAGCUCAAGUACUGCUUCACCUGCAAGAUGUUCCGCCCUCCGCGCACCUCCCACUGCAGCCUGUGUGACAACUGUGUGGAGAGAUUCGACCAUCACUGCCCCUGGGUUGGGAACUGUGUAGGGAAACGUAACUACCGGUUUUUCUACACCUUCAUCGUGUCGCUCUCCUUCUUGACGGCGUUCAUCUUCGGCUGUGUGACCACACACCUAGCACUGAGAGCUCAGGGCGGGAAGGGCCUAGUGUUUGCGCUUCAGGAGAGUCCGGGGAGUGCAGUGGAGCUGGUGAUAUGUUUCUUUUCAGUUUGGUCCAUUUUGGGCCUCUCAGGCUUCCAUACAUACCUGGUUGCUUCCAAUCUUACCACUAACGAAGAUGUGAGUACCCAAAAUAUUGGUAUUAAUGGAGGAACAUCCUCGCCUCAUAACCUGAACAUUCGUAUCUUUCUGUGCCAUUUCAGCAUGAUUGACAGACGGGGUUUCCUGCCGGCAGAUGAGUCUGCCCAGACUGGCAGUGCUGACAUCGAGCUGCCCACCCUGGCCGCUAAAAGCGAGAUAAAUGUGUGCACACAGGGAACUAAAGGUCUGCUAGAAUCGGCUGCGCUUUCUCCGCUCCUGUCCACCUCGUGUCCUCAGGGGAAACCUCAGAAUGCUCAUUCCUGCCCAGAAACCAGCCCAGCGUUGAACUCUGACCCCACAUCGGAGUUCUCUAAAGGCUGCAGGGGUAACCAAACGUCCAGCUCCCACGGCGAUACUUCUCGUCCACGUCACACCAAAGCUCGCUCAAAGAAAUGCAGACGAGAGGCUCUGCAUAUUCCCAACCCUGCAUUUGAUGUCCCAGUUUCCCCUACCUCUCCGGACGCUGCCCCUGACUCCAAAGCAAGGAGCCACAAAGGAGGCAGCCUCACCCCGUUGCAAUGACUGUCUUGAAUGAUGUUUUUCACAAGUCAAACUCUGUUUGAGGCUUGCAUGCUGUAACACAGUCAGAUCCAAGUUAUAUGAUUUUUUUUGUUUGGUUAUUCCUGUUGGUUCUCUGAAACUCCAGGAGCGUUGAAGAUGUUUGGUCACUGAGUAAGACAAUCACAGUGGAAAUAGGACAGAUUGGAUGAAGAGGCUUCUAGAGGCAACAUAGCGUUGGUGUAGAGAAAAGUUGUAAGAAGGGCUGUGAGCUGUAGAUUCUUGUGUAAAAAAACAAAUUUACCAGCAUGUCAGAUUUCACCAAAUUUGUGAAACAGCGGCUUUAAUGUAUCAGGUGGAUGGAAGCUCUGAAUUGUGUAUAUCUAUAAUGAGAGGAUCCUUGAAGGGAAAAUCCACCCAAAAUGUUCACAUCUCAAGCUGUACAGGCAGUGAUUAAUGGAACAAGUCGCAGGACUCGUAGACAAAAGCACUGUCCUCAAAACACUUUCUUAUGGAAUCACCUGUUUAGCUCACUGGGUUAAUCAGGCAACCCAUUUGCCUCAAGACAUGUCUUCCCCCUGGUUUUCUCCCAGGCUUCCUGUCUUCUCUUUGCUCUCCUAUUGCAAUAUAAUCCAUAUAAAAUGGUACAGAAUUUAUAUGGAGUAAAUAUUUAGUCACCACAGCCACCACAGGUAGGUAAGGUUUGGCCACCCCUUCUGCCCAGUAAGUGUGAAACGGCAAUGUCUGCAAAAGAGCCUUUACUGUACAGUGGUUGAAAUAUCUUGUAAUUUAUUCAUUUGGAUUGUUGUAGGGCUUUAGGGGUAUGUCUGCUCUGUACCACCACCUGUCAUUGUCUGUUCUGCUAAUUUAAAUCUCUGAACUGGAUCUCUGGGCUGUGUUUGAGGAGGUGAUUCUUUUUGGAUCACUUUUAAUUAAUUAUUGAUACUCUUAAUAAGCUUUUGUUUCAGUUUUACUAUAGGGAAUUUAUUCUUCUGUUACUUGACACUUUUAAAAACUAUUUUUUUUUAAAGUUUUACAUAAAAAAUGCUUGUUAUGCAUGAGUCCUCAUGGCAUACCUUUCUAUGACAGUCAUGCCUAAAUGAUUGGGAAUGAUUUGGUACAUCUGGUAAGCAAUCAUUUAGUACUACAACAAUCUGGCUACCUGGCUCUGUGGCUGCUUCCACUGGGUUUCAGUCUAACAGAACCUGAGGGUACCAAAUGCAGAGAUAGGGAUAUAACUGAACUAUGCACUUGUUUCCCCCCCACAUCUAUAAUAAUGCAGGCAAAGAUUUGGUCCUCUGACCUUAGUGACAUUGAAUAUUGGAUUAAUGAUUCAAAUCUAUAUGUAAAACACCUAAUUUUUCACUGAAGGUGAUGACUUUGUGUUCUAAAAUAAGCAAAAUGUGAAUGUUGUUGUGUGGAUUUUUCCGAUGACCUUGCACAAACAGCACAGUGGAUAAGAUGUAAAUCGGUUUAGUGGUGUGUACUGUUGUUCAGAUCUUCGUGCUGUAAAAUGGAAUUGAGUGCAACUGCAUGGUCAUGACUAAAAGGUGUAUUUUAUGAUAUGUUUCUUUAAAUACAUUCAAACAUUACACCAUCUCAACACACCUUUUUGUAGGAAACCAGUGUUGUGUUUCAAAACUGAAACAGCAUUACUGAUUCCCGCUUGUAUUCUUGUCACCAUCACACAAUGAUUUAAAGCUCCUUUUCACAUGUCCACCUCCUGCACACACACCUUGUGUCAGUAAUAGCAAUACCUUCUGUCUUCUCCUUUCCCUAAAAUUGUUUUUCUUUGUGCACUUUGACAAAUCUGAGACUUGUGUGAAUGGAGGAUGUACUGGUUUGUUCUCAGGUGAAAGCUUUAGGUUAGGUAUUCAAUAUGCAAGUUCAAUGUGACAUGUGUUCACACACAUUGUGACCCGAUGGCAAUAGCUGCACAAGAGUGCAAAGACCCCAACUAUUAUGUACACACUGUCCGUCUAUAGUUCACCUAAAGAGUGUCUGUGCAGCAUCUGCUGUGUCAAAAGUCACCCUAACACCCUCAGUGACAUCACUAAGUGAAUGCGAGUGAUGCAUUUAUUAGGAGAAACAUACUGUACUGUAUUUGUACCAACUGUAAGGUAAAUUAAGCCAAUGCUCCUGUCAAAAUAAAGGAAAGAAAAA